AGUCAAAGUUCAGUCACUUCAGGAGUCGGUUGUUCCUCAAACUUGGUUCCAUCACCAGUUUGAUAGUUUGUUAGAAGUGUUCUUAUUAAUUCUCGACAUAAAAGUGAAAAUGCAAACACUUGAAGUAGUUCUUCUUGAUGCAAUUGUGGUGGCUAUUUAUUAUCAGAAAACCAUAUCCAGGCCAACGGAAAUCCAUCUGUGAGUCUACGGCUAGUGUUUAAAAUAGAUUCACAGGAUUUACCACUUGCGUCUGACCAACAACGGGUAUGACUACUGUCGCCAGUGAAAAAACUUCUAUUAUCGACGCUCGCCCCUAGCAGCUUCCGCAGCAGCCUUACUCUCACCGAACCUUAUCCGAUCAAUACGCCAUCCGUUCUCUCCCAUAUUAUUCAUUGUGGGCGCUGUCAGAGCCAAGUGAAGACCUUUUCUUUAUGUCCGCUGAUAAAUUUCUUGUUAGUUUACAAACCUAAAAAAAAAACGUCGGACUUAGAAAACGGACUUUUAAAGCAAAUAAUUUAAUCAAGCUGAAAGUACUUAGUAACAUUACAAAAUAUAAGAUACUUUUUUUUAAAAACAAAGUACAAUUUUAACGUUAUUGUAAAUAUAAAUAAUAUUUAGAUCUGUCAUGAGUGAGCUUUAAAAAUCUGUGUAAGUGAAGUGUGGGUUUUUGAGAGACACAAUAAUUUAUUAAAUUUCUCUUAUUAAAAAAAUAAUAAUAAUAAUAAAGGAGAUGGAUCAUAAGGGGGUUUAAUCGUUUGCAUAGUUUAGUGAGUGAAAAUUUUAGAUGAAUUUGGAUGCGUGAGAAAGCUCUGGAGCAAAAUGAAAAGGCAAAAUGUAAGGACUUUGUCGCUGGUUGUGUGCACUUUCACCUAUUUACUCAUUGGAGCUGCAGUAUUCGAUGCUUUGGAAUCUGACACCGAACGCAGACGUGGCGAAUUUCUCACUGAGGUAAAGAAUAACAUGAUAAAGAAAUACAAUAUAACUGCAGAAGAUUAUCUCAUGGUUGAAAUAGUCAUAAUUGAAAAUAAGCCCCAUAAAGCCGGUCCUCAAUGGAAAUUCGCCGGUGCUUUCUAUUUCGCUACCGUCGUUCUUGCGAUGAUAGGUUAUGGCCACUCAACUCCAGUUACGAUAGGAGGAAAAGCAUUUUGUAUGGCCUACGCCAUGGUUGGGAUUCCACUAGGUUUGGUGAUGUUCCAAAGUAUUGGUGAACGUCUUAAUAAAUUUGCAUCCGUUGUCAUACAAAAGGCAAAAAAAUAUUUAAAGUGUCAACGCACUGAAGCAACUGAAAUGAAUCUUAUGUUAGCAACUGGAAUGCUAUCGAGUAUCAUAAUCACUACUGGAGCUGCAGUCUUUUCUCGGUAUGAGGGCUGGAGCUAUUUCGACAGCUUUUAUUAUUGUUUUGUAACACUUACGACAAUUGGAUUUGGCGACUAUGUUGCACUUCAGAAUGACCAUGCGCUCUCCAAUAAACCAGGAUACGUAGCCUUAAGUCUUGUUUUCAUUUUGUUUGGCCUCGCAGUAGUUGCUGCCAGUAUCAAUCUGUUGGUCCUUCGAUUCAUGACAAUGAAUGCAGAAGAAGUGCGUCGAGAUGAUAAUGAGCUACAGUCAGCCUCCCACCACGUUUUGACAUUAGACGGCGAAGUAGUGGCAGUAAAUGGAAAAUUAUUAGCAGGACAUGUCCCAAUGAUUCAUGAUACGGAUGACUGUGUGAGCGUUUGUUCAUGUACUUGCCUGGGGGGAACCAAUUCAGAAUUUUUUGAUUCUUCGGGAUACCAAGGGUAUAGGCCACCUUCAAUUCCCGCCACUCUUCGGGUAAAACGAGCGUCCGUCUGAUGGAAGGAGUUUCGUAGGCGCAGUCUGCGCCAUCGACUUUCCAGGGUUGAUAGUCGUGAGCUUCUUGGCAUUGAUGUCUAAAGAAGUGAAAUUGUAUAUAGGUAUAUAUAUCGAAAAAAUACAACUGCUAAUUCGAAAAAAUGUAAGAAAAGUAAGCGAAAUAGUAAAAAUUGGUAAGGUAUUCAUUUUAAAAGUUAUAACAAAGUUAAUCUAAAAAUCUCAUGGAGACUUUAAUUCAGAGAUCUAUAAAUCAAGCUUUGUAAAUACCUAACGUUCUUAAAUAUAUAAUAUGAAGAAGGAUUUUUAUUAAUAUUAUUUUAUUAUUUAUAUUUAUUAUAAUAUAUUCAAUUAAAUAUUUUCUUCUCUGUGUAUAUAGAAUUUCGUUACAAGUUUGUAAAACUUGAAAACAGUGAUAGCAUUUUUAAUUUACAAAGUAAAUAAUAAAUAUGAAAAUUAUUAACCCUAAAAGUAGCUCAUAAGAAAAUGUACCGAGUGAUGAAGGGAUCAACAAUAAUUAUUCAGAUAUUACGUAUAGUUAAUAAAAAAACUUUAAAAUCUUAAGUUAAGAAUAAAUUUUCGUUAAAUAAACUUGUCUCGUUUUGUAAAAUAUUCAUUCUACAAAUGUAUUUAAAUAUUUUAAGUACAAUUAUUAUUUGAUACUAAUUAAAGAAUUAACUUUCGGAAUUCAAAAUAUUAUUCGUGAUCCCUCUUCGAAAGAAUAAGUGUCAAUAUAUUAAAGAAUAAAUCCACAGAUCUAUAAUGACAUUACCGAAAAAUGCAAAGUAAACUCGAUCAAGUUUCAGGUAAUGAUAACUGUGAUUUGUGUAAGCUUUAGAGUUCAGAAAGUGUAAUGGCUCUGAAUAUAUUAUAAGAGCUAAACCUUUUUUUAGUUUUUAGCUUUGGUAUUAUUAAAAAACUUGAGAGGGAGCGACUGACCGUAGUUUUGUAUAAAAUUUGUACAAAAUAAGAUGAAGAUAUGUGUUAGGAUGUAAAAUGUAAUAUUGGCCGAUAGCUAGUCGUACGUGUACAACCUUUAAUCCGGCAGUAGUUGCGCGAAGCGCUGAUCAUCUUAUUAUUAACUUUUAAUCUCCAGGGUUGGCAAUUUCUGAGUUUAUUGAUUUUUAUUCAAUAAUUAAUUAAAUGAAUAUUGUAAAUUUGUUAUGCGAGUUUUUUUUUUAAUUCUAGAUUAUAAUCGAUUUUUUAUUUAUUAUUCAUUUGUUUUUAAAUAUAUAUAUAUAUAAGAGGUUUAAUCUAAAUGGAAGUUGUCAGCCCUACAACAUUCAUCCGUUGACAAUCAGCAGUCAUUAGGAUUCGGUAAAAAGUGGAUUGUUGAAUAAAAUAAGAAAAGCUGUACAGGAAAGCUAGAAUUCGAAUUAAAAAAAAAAAA